AUGACAGUCACAGCAAGCAUCGACAUCGCAUCCUCACCGGAAGCCGUCCGCGCAAAAUUUCUCGACUUCGCAUCCCUCCCCAAAUACCACAAAGGCUUCUUCGCUUCUCUGACCCCACUCGGCCCCGUCGAACCCGAGAACAAGAUACGCGUUGUCUUUUCAUCGGGACAAAAGAUGUAUGCUCCAAUAGAACAUAACACACCAACCUCUUUCGCGUGGACAGGGUCUAUACCGCUUCUGUUCACAGGUGGCACAAAGUUCACGCAAGAAGAAGUCUUCAGCGGCGCGCUGUCCUUUCUCAUGGGUGAAAACGCGGUGGCACGAAAGUUCGGCUUCCCGGAAAAGACGAAGAAAGGAUGGGAGGGCUACAACAAUGACCUGAAGGCGUGGUGUGAAGCGAAGUGA